AUGGCUCCAAAAGCGAAAUCCAAUAGGACGUCACAGCAGCUCAUUGCAGAUUACUUGCCGCCACCGCCAGAGAAUUCAUAUCGAGUGAUUGCUAUUGAUUCCUCAAAUCAAUCACGUCUUCAAGUUUCAGCAUCAGAUCUGGUCAAACUGGCAUGUAGUCCAGGCGAUCCGGUCAUUAUUUCGUCUGCAAAUCAUCUACCAGAUCCGAUGCAACUCAAGGCUAUUGGUACGAUUUGGCCUGCUAGGGACUUGACCGGAGGAUCUAUUCGUGUUGGAAGGCUUCUUGCAAGCACGUUCGGCCUUCCGGUGCCAUUCUUAGUAUCAUUACAAGCAGUCAAGAGCUCUGAAGUCAUACCAGAGGCUCUGAAAGUCGUCAUUAAACAGACGGAAGGUCCACCAAUACGUCGAGACGCAACCUUUGAGAUAUACGUGAAGUCGUGUCUUGUCAAUGCCAGCUUUAUUACGAGAUCGCAGCAAGUUCAUCUAGUUUACGAAACUGUUGAACGAAUCUUUACUGUUGAAAGCUUUGAGCCAGUGCUGGAGCAAGCUAUAGCUUAUCGAGUGUGUGAAAAGACCAUCAUUAUAACGAAGCCUAUGCUUAAACCAAUUGUAACAACGAAAGCGGGUGAUUUGACAAAGAUUGGUGGACUAGACGACCAAAUACGUGUUCUUUGUGAAUUUUUGGAUUUGUCGCUGCGUCAACCUCAACGAUAUACUCAGUUUGGACUACGACCUCCACGUGGAAUACUGUUAUAUGGACCAUCAGGAACUGGAAAGACAGUGUUGGCUAAAGCUGUCGCACAGUCUAGCGGCAUGUAUGUCACUACGAUAAAUGGGUCCGAUAUUGCGUCUAGUUACUAUGGUGAAACCGAGGCAAAGCUACGUGAAGUGUUUGAAGACGCUAGUGCAAGUUCACCUGCAAUCAUUCUACUGGACGAUGUCGAUGCACUGUGCCCCCGUCGAGACGGUGAUGUAACCGAAGCCGAAAGAAGAGCAGUUGCUACCAUGUUGACUCUCCUCGACGGUGUAUCACAAAAGGCAGAAUCUGAUACCAGACUCAUAGUCAUUGGCACGACGAAUCGAGUUGAUGCCGUCGACGAAGCAAUGAGAAGGCCAGGACGAUUCGAUCGUGAGUUGGAAAUCGGUAUACCUACUGCUAUAUCACGAUACCAUAUCUUGGAAGCGUUGUUACGAAAUGUGCCGCAUAGUAUUGCUCAACCUGAUCUACAACUGGUGGCAAACGCAGCACAUGCGUAUGUUGGGUCUGAUCUUUUUGGAGUGGUUCAAGAAGCUAGUUUGAAGGCUAUUCAAAGGUGUAUUGAAAGUGGCUUGACCGAGCCUUGUAUGACGAUUGAAGAUUUACGGACUGGAUUGGGGGAUGUCAGACCUAGUGCGAUGAGAGAAGUGUAUGUAGAAGUGCCUCAGGUGUUUUGGACUGAUGUUGGUGGUCAGUCUGAAAUCAAGCAAAAGUUAAUUGAAGCUGUGGCGUGGCCUCUCAAGCAUCCUGAAUCAUUCUUACGAUUUGGUAUACGACCACCUAGAGGUCUCUUAUUGUAUGGACCUCCUGGAUGUAGCAAAACGCUAAUGGCUAAAGCUCUUGCUACAGAGACAAAAGUCAACUUCAUAUCGAUCAAAGGACCUGAGCUCUAUUCCAAAUAUGUUGGAGAAUCAGAAAAGGCUGUCAGAGAAACAUUUCGGCGUGCAAGAGCUGCAGCUCCUUCCAUAGUCUUUUUCGAUGAAAUCGAUGCCAUGGGAUCUAAACGAGGAUCAUCAACAGAUGGUUCAUCUUCGGACCGUGUGUUGGCUCAACUCCUCGCUGAGAUUGAUGGUGUUGAGUCUAUGAAUGGAGUUACUGUAUUAGCUGCUACAAAUCGACCUGACAUACUGGACUCUGCGCUACUGAGACCUGGUCGCAUAGAUCGAAUACUCUAUGUAGCACCACCAGACUAUGCGUCUAGAUACGAGAUUCUGCAGGUCAGAACCAGGACUAUGAGCUUGUCUGAUGACGUAGAUCUCGCUCAAAUCGCUGAAUUGACUCAUCGAUUCUCUGGAGCUGAAGUUGUUGCAGUUUGUCAAGAGGCAGCUGUAUCUGCUCUGGACGAGAAUAUUGAUGCUUCAGAGGACCAAUGGCGUACCGUAGAACAAUACGCAGAGCACAACAUCCAAUUCUUUGAGAAUUUAAAUUCCUUUUUGAAGAAGAGGGCUUCUAUAGAACAAGAAUAUGCAACAUCACUGACGAAACUGGUGAAGGCGCACAAGGAUGAAUAUACAAAGAAAUCAACUGACAAGAGCGCUGGAUCGUUCCAAAAGGCUGUUUUGAGCAGCACCGUCGCUCAAAGCUGGCUACAGCUAUUAAAUGAGACCGAAAAUAUGGCAUCGUCGCAUACUACUAUCUCCGAGAAGAUGGAAUUGGAUUUGAGGAAGCCAUUGAAGAUCAGGUUAAAGGAGAAUGAAAAGAACAACAAGACGAACUUUGAUGAGAUCAGGAGACUCUUGGCAGAAUUGAGAAAGUCUGUAGAAAUAAUGGAAAAGACGAGAGAGAGAUACGAAACUGCCACUAAAGCAGCCAACACUGCUCGUUCAACUUAUGAAACAGCUUCAACCGAUGCCAAACGGAAAAAGGAAGAUGUUGAAAAGAUCCGCGCUGAUAUGGAGAAGAAGACGGUACUCGAGAAGGAAGCAAUGGAAGCUUACAAGAAGAGUAUUGCCGAAACCAACGACAAGAAGAAUAAGCAUUAUCAGGAACAGUUACCUGCUAUAUUGGAUAUCAUUCAACGGGACGACGAAAAGGACCGAAUUGUAGUUGCCAAAGAACUACUCAUCAAAUUUGCAGAAUUGGAAUCUACUCAACUUCCAGUCGUAUCUGCAUGUACUCAAUCAAUGAUCUCCACCGCCCAAACAAUCACACCCAAAUAUGAUACCGAUCUUUUUGUCAAGUUGAUGAGAACCGGUGAUCCAACACCACCAGACUAUGUCUUUGAAGGCGUUGGUACUGAGAAUGUUUUGAAAGCCUUUACCAAACACACCAAGGCCGAAUCAAACGUGGAAGAAUCAAUCAUAACACUACCUGAACGCAAGGGUAGGAAGCGAGCUGUGGAAAGAUUGAAGCAGCUCGACAAGGAUCAUGCCGAGCUAGAAAAGAAACGACAAGGAUACUUGACAUUGUUGUCCGUCAGCUCUGAUAUCAGUCAUGAUCCCAAGAUUCAAAAGGACUUGUCUGAUCAGAGAUCGAUUCUUGAUCAGCAAUUGGAAGCUGUUUUGAUCAAGAAGCACAAGCUGUAUGUGUACCUUGCAACCUUAGAUGGCACACCAGCACCCUCACCUCCAGACCUAAUUUCCGUCAAGCUCGGCUCUCCAUACUCCCUUUCAAGACCCUCAGCAUCUUCAACCUUCCCACCAACCACAACAAGCACCAUCACAGCCCCCACAAACAACAACACAAAUCUUCACACAAUCAAAAUCCGAGACUCGGUGCAAUCCGAAGCCGCACGAGACUCUACAUCAAACAACAAAUCUCGAGACUCGAUUCCAGAGCACAUCCAUACAUCACGAGCACCUCCACUAUCCGUGAUUUCAGUCGUAACGAACGAUGAUGAUAUGACUCCACGCAUUUCAAAGAGUCAUUCGUUCAAGACCUCGAAUGAUUUGAAGCCACCGUGUAUUCCAGAAACCUCGCCGGCAAAGAGGGUGUCUAGUGCUAAUAUUUAUGGAAGGGGUUCGGAAAGCCCUCCGUCGGCUGCUAAUAUUGUUACGCCGGCUCCGAUUAUCAGUACAGCACCUAUUUCUCCACCUCUACCAUCAUCUGCUAAUGGGAUGUCGGAGCCUGAUAGUCCUGCAAAAGUUGACUUGGUACGACAACUCAUGAUCAGCCACCAAGAAGCUAAAGCUGCAUCAAGUGAGGAGGAAGACACAUCAUCAUUGGCUACACCACUAUCAUCCACUGGAAACUUGUUUGGACGUGCCAGAGCACUGUACGAAUUCGUUGGAUCAAAUGAUCCAGACUCUUCUGAACUACCACUUUCAGUUGGCGAUGAAGUAGACCUUCUUGAGAAACUCGAGGACGGGUGGUGGCGUGUGAGAAAGGGUUCAAAGGAAGGUUUCUGUCCUGGAAGUUAUAUGGAAGAGAUUGUUUAA